AUGGCCAACGCACCCACUCACCCAGGUAUGCGCGAGAGCGGAAGCCCGCUCGCAAUGCUUCUCUCCAAGCCGGAAUUUACUGCUGAGGAGUCGUCGCUGUUUGAUGAGGUCUUCCCCGGGAACUGGGCAGAUAUUGGUAUCGAAUACUUCCGCAAUUGCGAGCUGUGUUUUGCCUACCUUCCGCCAACGGACCCUAGCAGGCAGAUCUACCGCUGUUCAAGGCCCGAAUGUCGGGCUCUCUAUCACCACGAGUGUCUCGAGGAGGUGCUUACUGGAUUGUGGGAGCAGGGUAGUCUGCUCAUGCCGAUGGAAUGUCUCCGCUGCGGCACCGGGUGGGAUCUCGACCCGGACUUUGAGGAGUCGGAGCGUCGCCUCAAAAUCUGGCGCCUUGAUAAGUUACGGCAGAAGAAUAUACAGGAGCUUCAGCGGCUUCGUCAGCAGCAGCUGGAGCAGCAGGCGGCGCGGAAUCAUCCUCAGGUGCAGCAGCAGGCACAGCAGCGGCACUUUACGCCUCAGCUCCAGCAGCAGCAACAGCAGCUACAGGCGACGGUGCAUUCUCUGCAACCUCAGCCUCCUCAAGAUCAGCAGCCCGAGCAGCAGAUACGGGUGCUUCCUCGGCAGUGUCGGACUCCUCAACCACGGCAGGAGGAGCAGCACUGUCAGCCUCCGCCCCAGCAGCAGAUGCAGGUGUCUCCUCAGCAGCUUCAGCCUCCGCGGCAGCAGAAGAUACAGAUACAUCCUCUGCAGGGUCGGCCUUCUCAGCACCAGAAGCAGAGCCAGCAGCAGGUACAGGUGCAUUCUCAGCAGCUUCGGACUCCUCAGCACCAGGGGCAGAUCCAGCAGCAACAACAGGUAUAUCCUCUGCGGUGUCAGCCUUCUCAGCACCAGCAGCAACCUCAGCGCCUACACCUGCGCCAGCGGCAGAUGCAACGUCAAAACCAGCAGCAGCAGGUACAGAUGCAUCCUCAGCAGUAUUCUCAGGCACAGCAGAACCAUCAGCAGUUCUACCAGCAGCAGAUGCAAUCUCAUCAUCAGCUACAGACACAGCGUCAGCUGUAUCAAGCUCAAAUCCAGCAGCAAAAACAGCUACAUUCUCAGCGGUAUUCCCAAGCACAGCAGAAUCAUCAGCAGUUUUACCAGCAGCAGAUACAAUCUCAUCAUCAGCUACAGACACAGCGUCAACUGUAUCAAGCUCAACUCCAGCAGCAAAAACUGCUACAUUCUCAGCGGUAUUCUCAGGCACAACAGAAUCACCAGCAGCAACCUCAGCACCUACGCCAGUACCAGAACCUGCAGCAGAUGCAACCUCAGCAUCAGUCACAGACCCAGCGUCAGCUACAUCAAGCUCAGUACCAGCGACUGCAGAUGCAACAUCAUUCUCUGAUGCUGCGACAACAUCAGCAGCCGGCGCAACAUCCAAUUCGGAUGCAACAGCAGGCUCAGAUACACUAUAAUCCACAAAUACAGCAGCAGCAGGUACAAUAUUAUCCUCAGAUGCUGCGACAGCAUCAGCAGCCGGCGCAGCAUUCAAUCCGGAUGCAACAGCAGCUUCAAAUACAUCAGCCUCUACAAAAACAGCAACAGCAGUAUCCCCAGCAGGCGCAGCAGCGGCUUCAGAUACAGCAGCCUCAGCUACAGAUACAACAUCAUCCUCAGCUGCAACACCAACUCCCCCGUGGCCCCGAGCCCCACCGCGCUGCAUCGAAAAAGGCGCGAUCAGCGAAGAAACCCCGUAGGAACAGGCCUGAUCUUCCGCGUGGUCAAACAAGAAUCCCAAUGAGCUUCACUGUAAUAGGAAACCGCUUCCAUUGCACUCUUAUAGAAGACGGGGUGCCUUGUCGUCGGCGUUACGUGGAAAUUGCGAGUUUGCGGCGGCAUUACCACUUGACGCAUGAUAAUGGUUUUACGUGCCCUCACUGUCCCGAUGUGUGCUCCACCGACGAAAGCCUAUCUAGACAUCUCGCGGUAGUGCAUGGGGUGACUGCGAGGGCUCCUGUACCUGGGGAGACUCCUGUGCAUGUGGCGGCUCCUCAUGCCACGGCUCCUCUGCGUAGGAUAGCACCUAAGCAGAGGAAGUAA